CCAGAUAUAACCAACAGCACGAAUAAAACAAAAUUAUCCGAGAAAAUAAAAAAAUCAUGAAUGGCAAAGGAACAUUUAAAAUGUGGAACGGUAUCGAUUCCAGUGAAGAUAUCGUUAUUUCAGGCAUCGCUGGCAGAUUUCCUCGUUCAGACGAUAUGAAUCAAUUACGAGAAAAUUUAUUCAAUAAAACUGAUCUUGUAAGAGCAGACCAUAACCGAUGGAAAAUAGCUGUGGAGCAUGCAGAAUUCUCAAAACGUAUGGGAAUUGUAAAUAAUGUAGAAAAAUUUGACGCGGAAUUUUUUGAAUUAUCUUUUGAAAAAGCACAUUCAUUUGCACCCGAAGUAAGACUAUUACUGGAACAUACUUAUGAAGCAAUUAUCGAUGCGGGGAUCAAUCCAAAGCAAUUACAAGGAAAAAAUACUGCAGUAAUUGUAGGAUCAUCUAUCAUUGAAUCACAAGAAAAAUUAUUUAAAGAUACUCAGUUAAAUAUCAUUGGAUGUAGUAAAUCUGCAACAGCAAAUUUAAUUUCGUACUGCUUGGAUCUGAAAGGACCAUCUUAUACUGUUGAUGCAGCAUGUAGUUCUACUCUUUAUGCUAUGGGCGUUGCUUAUGAUUGCAUCAUGGCAGGCAAAUGCGAAGACGCCAUAGUUGGAACUGCACAAUUAUGUUUUAAUCCCCUUGUAAAUCUGCAAUUCGCGCGGCUUGGUGUCUUGUCACAUGACGGUUAUUGCAGACCACUUGAUAUCGCUGCUAACGGUUAUGCGCGUAGUGAAACAGUGGCAGUAGUGUACCUUCAAAAAGCGAAAAAUGCUAAAAGGAUUUAUGCCAUGUGUCCGUACAUUAAAUUAAACUGUGAUGGCUACAAACAAGAAGGAAUAACAUAUCCUUCAUCACAAAUGCAAUAUACAUUAUUAAAGGAAUUUUACGAAGAAUGCAAAAUACCAACAUCUUCUUUAGAUUAUGUCGAAACACAUGGUACCGCUACCAUAGCUGGCGAUCCUCCAGAAAUUGACGCUAUCUAUAAUGUUAUGUGUAAAAAUAGAAAGAGUCCAUUAAUGAUCGGAUCUGUAAAAUCCAAUCUUGGACAUACUGAACCAGCGAGUGGUUUUAAUCAGAUCGCUAAGGUAAUAAUAGCAUUCGAAACUGGAUUUGUCCCACCAAACAUCAAUUAUACAUCACCAAGGAAAGAUAUAGACGCUUUGAUUGACGGCAGUGUUCGUGUGGUCCAAGAACCAAUGCCACUUCAAAAUGGUUACAUAGCAAUCAAUAAUUUUGGUUUUGGAGGAUCCAACGCUCAUAUGUUAUUAAGAUGGAAUCCUAAACAGAAAAUUAAUAAUGGAGCAUCAAACGAUGACUUACCUAGACUUGUCGUAUUAUCUGGACGUACUGAAGAAUCAGUGAAACUAUUUUUAAACGACAUUGCUAAUCAGCCAAUAGAUGUAGAAUAUAUCCGUUUACUACACGAUAUCUAUGCAGAUAACAUAAAUGGCCAUCCAUGGAGAGGGUACAUUAUAUUGAGUACUUUCCAAGAAAAUUCAAUAAAGGAAAUACAAAAUUGCAGGCGAUCGAAAAGACCAGUUUGGUUUAUAUUUUCAGCCUUAGGUUCUCAAUGGCCAGGAAUGGGUCAAAACUUAUUAAAGUUUCACAUCUUCGCAAAAGCGAUAAAAAAAUGCGACAAUGUUUUAAAACCGUACGGUAUAAGUGUUAUAGACAUUUUGACAAAAAAGGAAGAAAACAUAUGCAAAAACGCGAUAAACCCUUUUCUUGGAAUCGUCGCUAUUCAGAUUGGUUUAGUAGAUUUUCUAACAUGCUUAGGAAUUACUCCCGAUUACAUGAUUGGUCAUUCUGCCGGUGAACUUGUUUGUGCAUACGCAGAUAAAUGCCUCACCAUUGAACAAACUAUUUUAUCAGCAUACUUUAUUGGUUUGGCAUGUGCCGAAGAAACAAUAAUUCAAAGCUCGAUGGCGAUUGUCAACAUCGACUACAAAUAUCUCAAAAAUAAAUGUCCCGCGGAUAUUGAAAUAGUGUGCCACAAUAGCGAGAACAGCUGCGUCGUGUGUGGACCAAAAGAAUCCAUAGAAGGAUUCAUGAAAGAAUUACAGGUCAACAAUAUUUACGUAAAGGAGAUCAACUGCAACAUACCCUUUCACAGUUCGUACAUCGCAUCCGCGGAAAGACAGCUUUUGCUCAGUUUGCAUAAAAUAAUAUCACACCCAAAAAGACGAAGUUCAAAGUGGAUCAGUACAUCUAUACCUCGUAAAGAAUGGUUUACUUCAUCAUCAAAGUUAUCAUCGGCGGUCUAUCAUACACGAAGUAUAUUAAACACAGUUCUGUUUCAACAAACAACGGAUCUCAUUCCAAGUAACGCUGUAGUUAUCGAAAUCACACCAGACGAUGUUCUGCAGCACGUUUUGAGUGGAUCCUUACAUCCAAAUGUGAAAAAUCUUGUGUUAACUCGACGCUCCGAAGAAAAUAUUGAUUUUCUUUUACAAGGAGUAGGAAAGCUUUAUAAUUGUGGUUUACAACCGCAAAUUGCCAAAUUAUACCCACCGGUGCAAUUUCCAGUUAGCCGAGGAACUCCUAUGAUUUCCCCGUCAAUCAGAUGGAAUCAUUCCGAAAAUUGGCUUGUACCGAGUCAAGGACAAGAGUUCAUAGAAUCCAAAGGAAGUUACGUCAAAAUUUCGCUCGAGGACGAAGACUAUGAAUAUAUGAGCGGUCAUGUAAUCGAUGGAAGAAAUUUGCUACCCGCGACAGGUUAUUUGGGACUCGUUUGGAAAACUAUUGGCAUGAUGAAAGGGUUAAUGUAUACAACAAUACCUAUAGUUUUCCGUGAUGUAAAAUUUAUUCGUGCUACCUAUUUGUCAAAAAAUGAUGCUGUAGAACUAUAUAUUUCAAUACAGACAGAUGGAAAAUUUGAAAUAACUGAAGGAGAGAGCGUUGUUGUCACGGGUACAGUGUACGAAACAUUGAAUCCAGAACAGGAAAUGAUUCCGAUAGACCUAUUACCGGAGGAUAGUGAUGAAGAUGAAGUCAUGACAUUAAGAGAUAUAUAUAAGGAGUUGAAAUUGCGAGGAUAUCAGUACAAAGGCUUAUUCCGUGGACUAAAAAGUGCCUCGGUUUCUGGAAAUCAAGGACAUAUCGCUUGGAAAAAUAAUUGGGAAACAUUUAUGGAUACUAUGUUACAGAUGGUAAUUAUUGGAUAUGACACCAGAGAUUUAUGUGUUCCUACGAGUAUUCAGAAGUUAGUGAUAAAUCCAAUACUUCAUGCUUCGAAGCUGCGAGGCAACAUUGAGAGUGCAGAAGUUACAACAGACAUGGAUAAGCUAUUACGGGUACGAAUAUACAAAGAGAUAGAUACAAUAAAAGCUGGUGGCGUAGAGAUUCGAGGACUUCAAGCUACCCAAAUCAAUCGUCGGAAAUUAGCGCAAGAUGCUAUCAUCGAGGAAAAUACAUUUAUAGCUCAUUGUGAUCGAGCUAAGAUUUCUUUGAACGAAGCAAUUCGGAUAUCAGCUCAACUCGUGCUGGAAGAUCAUCAAAUUAUCAAAGUGCAAGUCGCUGAGCUAGUGGAAGAUGUCGACGAUGUUGAGUUAGAUUGUCUUUCAUCUUCGUUGCUUCUCCAGGCAUUUGAUGACAUGCCACUUAUACAAGCGAAUAUCGCUCUAUUAACGUCAUCAAAUCGUUUCGAGCAAGAAGACUUACCGCAAAAUUUCACAAUAAAUGAUGUUACUAAUCCAGCUUUGGUUGAAAAAGUUUUAAUUGUUGCUGGAUUCAACCUUAUGACCAAACAACGCGAAUCGUUAGAGAGACUGUUGCCAUUUUUGAAAGAGAGUGGUUAUGUGUUAACUCGUGAGAAAUGCGAAAUAACUGAUUAUAAAAAAUAUUUGCAACAAUACGGAUUAAACAUUAUUCUCGAAAAACGCACCGAUACAGAACUAAUUUUGCUUUUGAAAAAAAAAGUAUUUAUAAAAGAAAGAAUAGUUGUUUAUAUAAGUAACGAUAAUUUCAGUUGGCUGGAGAAUCUAAAGCCACUUGUGAGCGACGAGAACAAACUUAAUAGAACCAGUAGAAUUAUAAUUGUUGGAGAGAAAAACUUCGAGUGCGGUUUAUUGGGUUUUGUUAACUGCUUGAGAAAAGAGCCGGGUGGAGAACUUGUUAGGAGUGUGCUUGUUCAAGAUGAAGAAGCUCCUAAAUUUUCCCUUCAAGAUCCCUUUUAUUUAGAGCAACUACAGAAAGACAUGACCAUUAAUGUCCUACGAUCGAAUAAAACUUGGGGAUCGUACAGACACAUAGAAUUGCCACCAAUGGAAGCGCAACCUGUACGAACAGCUCAUGUCUGCCAAAUGGUUCGUGGUGAUUUAAAUACGUUUUGUUGGAUAGAGAAUAAUAUAUCAGGCCUGUCUCGUUGUGAAGAUUUAGUGCACGUGGUUUACUCAUCCCUGAAUUUUAAAGAUGUAAUGCUUGCCACUGGUAAAUUAACAACGCGAGGGACUAUUUCACAUGGACGUUUAUUUCAGUAUCUUCCUCUUGGAUUGGAGUACGUGGGUAUUGAUGUUUAUGAACAACGUGUAAUGGGAAUUCGUGAUACUGAUUGCAUAGCAAACGUUGUUGAAAAGGAUGAAUAUCUUGUUUGGAAAAUACCCAAUGAGUGGACAUUUGAAGAGGCAGCAACGGUUCCAUGCGUUUACACCACAAUUUAUUUCGCCUUAUACUACCAUGGAAAAAUGAAAAAAGGUGAUAAAGUACUUAUACAUUCUGGUACUGGAGGUAUUGGACAAGCAGCUAUUCAUGUCGCUCUUAAAGAGGGAUGUGACGUGUUUACUACCGUUGGUACAACUGACAAACGGGACUUCAUUAAGAAAAUGUUUCCGAUCAUUCCGGAUGAACAUAUUGGAAAUUCUCGAGAUACAAGUUUUGAACAUAUGAUUAUGCGACAAACGAAAGGUCGCGGCGUCGAUAUCGUGCUAAAUUCAUUAGCGGAAGAAAAGUUGAUCGCCUCUGUUCGGUGUCUAGCUCAAAACGGUCGAUUCUUAGAAAUUGGCAAAUUCGAUAUUGUUUCUAAUAAUUCCCUAGGCAUGUCUGCAUUUCAGAAAGGUAUCAGUUUUCAUGGGAUUAUACUGGAAAAUGUGAUGAAAAAAAAUAGUGCUUACAAGUUGAAGCCUUUAUUGUUCACAUUGAUAAAAGAAGGUUUAGAAAAUAGGACAAUUAAACCAAUUCAAGCAAAAAUUUUUCCUAAAACUGAUAUUGAAGAAGCUUUUAGGUAUAUGGCAAGCGGAAAACAUACAGGAAAGAUAAUUAUAAAUAUCCAUGAAAAGGAUGAACCUUUAGAUAAACAUAUUCUUGCACAUCGUCGUUAUUAUUGUCUCAGAGACAGAAGUUACGUUAUUCUAGGAGGUCUGGGCGGAUUUGGUUUAGAAUUAACCGACUGGCUUAUAUUUCGUGGUGCCAGAAACAUUGUUCUGGUUUCAAGAAAUGGAAUAAAGAAUGGUUUCCAACGCAUGAAAAUUCGAUUAUGGAAGUCGUAUGGGAUAAACGUUCUGAUCAUCAAGAAUAUCGAUGUUUCUGACCUUAUAGAUUGCGAAUAUCUCUUACGGACUGCGGAAAAAGAAGCUUCGGUAGAUGCUAUAUUCAAUCUUGGUGUGGUACUGAAGGAUGGAUUCUUCAAAGACCAAACCGCGAAAACAUUUACAGAGUCCUUCCAAUCGAAGGCUCGAGCAACGCAAAUGCUGGAUAAGCUUUCUAGAAAGAUCUGCCUUAAUCUACGUCAUUUCGUAGUGUUCUCUUCCGUUUCCUGUGGCAGAGGAAACGCUGGGCAGACUAAUUAUGGCAUGGCCAACUCCAUCAUGGAGAGAAUUUGCGAAAAGAGAGCAGAAGAAGGAUUACCAGGAUUGGCGAUUCAGUGGGGAGCUGUAGGUGACGUUGGUCUUGUCGCUGACAUGCAGGAAGACGAUAAGGAAUUAAUUAUCAGUGGCACUCUACAACAAAAGAUAUCUUGCUGUCUCAUUGAGUUGGAUAAGUUUUUACUUCAAAGUCGACCGAUUGUGAGCAGCAUGGUUGUAGCUGAAAAAAAAGUAGGAUGUCAUGGAUUGGGAAAUUUAGUAGAAACAAUUGCUAAUAUUUUAGAUAUAAGUGACAUGAAAGUUGUAAGUCAGAAUUCAUCUCUGGCCGAACUUGGAAUGGAUUCCAUGAUGACCGUUGAAAUUAACCAAACUUUAGAACGAGAAUUUGAUAUUUUUCUUACUGCGCAAGAGAUACGAAAUCUCACUUUCGCAAAACUUUUUAAGAUGUCCGUUGUAAACAUCAGUACCGAUGAUGCACAAGAUGAAAAGGAAUCCGACGUAGAGAAGUUAGAUGUUGUGAAAUUUCUGGUUGGCAUUAUAAAAAAUGAAGAUUUUAUUUCUCAAACUUGUUUGGAUUUUUCGUCCAAGAACAAGAAUACUAUGACUGAAGUAUUUCUUAUUCCGGGUAUUGACGGAUGUGGAACCGUAUUUAAUCGUAUAGCACCAUAUGUUAAAUUUUCAACAUCGUUAUUGAAUUAUAAUACAAAUAACAUCAAUUCUACUACAAAUAUAAUAUUGGAAACGAUUAAUCAUCUCACAAAUCACAUAUGUGCAAAACUAACAGGUGAAAAAGAUUUUGUAAUGGUAGGAUAUUCCUUCGGAUCUAUCAUCGCAGUAGAAUUAGCAAGACGAUUAGAAGCUAUGAAUUUUAAAGGACGAUUGGUUCUUAUCGACGGUGCUCCUGAACAAGUACGAUCAAUAUUCGCACCUUUUGAAGAUUUGGACGAUGCAGAUAUUCAGAUUGUUAUUCUAACUAAUAUUAUGGAAAGUUAUUCAGCAGGAAAUACUAACGAGAUUUUAAUGGAAUUAAAGAAAUGUGAUACUUGGGAUGAAAGAUAUAACGUUUUCGCUAAGCAAUUCUUGACUCUAAACACGUCUGUCUCAUCUACAAAUUUAAAAACACUAUGUACAACGGUUUACAAAUAUUCAUCCGCUAUUCGGCAAUAUGAUCCUUCAAUGUUGCCGCCUAUUAAUUCUCCCAUAAUUUUACUAAAAUGUACGGACCCGAUAAAUAUACGAGCAAUUGAAGAGGAUUAUUGUUUGCACAAGGUAACACGAAAUGCGGUAAGAGUACAUUACAUUGAUGGUAAUCAUGUAACGAUUUUGAAGAACGAAAAAGUGAUAGCUGCAAUUAAUGGAGAAUUACCAUUUUUGUAAUUUAAUAUUGUAAUUAAUUUGUAAUUUGAUGAUAUUGAAGGGAUAAAU